AUGGCUGGUGGGCAGAACGAAGAUAUCUGUCCAGUCUGUAAAAAUGCUGUUUUAGAUGAUGGUAAAGGAGUUUUUUGUGAAUUUUUCUGCCGUAAAUGGUAUCAUUCUGAAUGUGUGCAAAUAAGUUGCGAAGAGUACAAUUAUAUGAGUUUAUUAGGUAAGAAGUCCAAGUGGGCUUGUAGUGCAUGUGAGGUUAGGUUUGAAAAAGUCAUUGAGAAGGCUGAAGAUGUUGAAGAAAUUAAGUCAAGUAUUGUGAAUUUACUUAAAAUUGUUAACAAAGUUGUAUCUGAUAAUGCUUGCAUCAACAACAAACUAGAUUUAAUAUUGGAUUCACAUACAAAGCCGGUUGAUCCUAAUGUCAAUAUUGGCCUAGAAGCUAAUAUAUCUAGUCAAUUAGUUUUACCUGAGUCUUUCAACAAAGAGGAAGAUCUUGCUGUACAAGUAACUGACUUUCCAUUAACCUCUCAGGAGUGUAUAAACAUAGACCUAAACAACACCAAGUUAUCUGAUAGGCCUACAGUGAAGGCCAAGUCCUAUGCUCAGGCUACACAAGGUGCUGGAGAUAGGGCUACCGCGAAAUCUGGUAAUCAGGAGUGGAAAUCCAAAGUGGCUAAACAAUCCCGACCUAGCAAUAGAAAGCAGUCCAUCAUUAUUGGGAGUAAGUUAAACGAUUCCAGUAAUUCCCAAUCUAAGGUUAGGGCGGUUGAGAGAAAAAGUUGGGUGUUCGUUUCUAGAUUGGCCAGUGACACUAAACCUGAUGAAAUUACCUCAUACCUCCAAGACAGUAACAUAGCUGGUUACAGAUUUUUCAACCACCUACCAGUAGCCAUAAGGGACUUGCCUAUUUCAAGGUUCAAGGCAGUAGUGAAGGACUGGUUGAUAGAAAACCCUUUUUAUGACCUCUCUGAAUUUUAUAAAGUAGGACUACCAGUUUUGUUAUAGGUAAUGCUCAUGCACUGACUGCCUUGCAUGGCUAUUUUCUUGCCUGUUUUUUUUUUUGCAUGGUUUUGCAUGGUUUUAUUUCUCCUUAUUAUUAUAUUUAUCUAACUGCAUUUUAUUUGUGAAUCAAGAGACUAUUUAUUAUUUACUUUGUAUUGUAUUGUAUUGACUUAGCCUAUUGCUUUGCUUAAUGGCCAAAUAAAUCAUUGAAUCAUUGAAUCAUUGAAUCAU